AUGAAGCGAGGCGUCGUUUCCCUCACUUCCUCUCUUCUCAACUUACUCAAAGCUAUCAUCCGCAUCGUCUGCAAAUGCGCAAAGUACCCGUUACAGGUCGUGAUCGCUCUAUUCCGACUCCUCCGGCUGCACAGCAGUCGACAUUCCCGCCCGCGAAGACCCAGUCAUACCGACGACGACACCAGGAAGCUGGAAGAGGGAACGCCAACGAUUCGAGUCAGCACGGCUGGCCAAAGCCUGCAGCAUCCGCUUAUCCUGCCUUCCAUGGAUCAUUCGCAUUCGUUACCAUCACGACUGCUACCAUCUUCGACGACACCCGAGCGACACGAGUAUGACUUGCCGCCGCCGGCGGAAGCAAAUUUGCAGGACCAGGAUCUGCGAGAAGCAGAUAUCGUCGACCAUCGGCUGGACAUCUCCCAGGAAGUGGUCGUGCCAAUCCCGAGUUUGUACCCGCCACCACCGCCGACGGCGAACUCGCACCGCUCAGGUCACACAGAUGAGACCUGCGUUGAGGAAGAUGAGGAAGGUCAGGAAGGCGGGAGUGGGGGCGAGGAUCGACCCGGACAUGUUGCUGUACAGAUGUUCGACCAACCAGACGUUGACAUUCUUGGAGACCCUGCCGGUCGCAAUGUCGCGGAAAGGGAGCCAGAGAGGGACGAAGGUGGUGAUGAUAUCGAUCCGUUUAUUUAUCCCAUUCUCCCGUCCGAUAUAACUCGCUAUGACCGACAACGAUAUAUCGAUCCAUCCCGACAUGCAUCAUAUACGGUUAGAGCCAGGCAAAUGGGCGAUGACUUUCUGGACGAAGUUCUGCCCAAUGGUUGGGUGAAGUUGAUUCAUCCAGAGGGUCUACCUUAUUUCUGGCAUCCCGAAGAACGAAUCCUGACAGAAUCCUGGAUAUGUGAUACCGAAGUCAUGAACCAUCUCAACGAAUUCAUCUGCCGUAUUCGUGAUUAUGAACGAGCUGCCAACGUCAUACAAACCGAAAAUGUCAGUCUAGUGCUGCAGCUGGUGAUUGAGGAUGAUGAAGACUGGUGGUGUGGGUACUACUUCGCCAACCACGCCGAUCUUUCUCUGUACUGGCACGAGGACUUCAAAAUCGAUAAUAAACUGGGAGAGGUGAAAGGGGACAUAACGAAUUCCUUCGCCAAACUCUUCCUGGAGAGGGAAUACUGGAACCACUGGGCACUCUACCCACACGCCUGCGAAGCCACUCUGAAAGUUAUCAGGAUUGUAGAGACUGCUUUGACGGAUGCUGGCACAGAUAUAAUUACUUCCUUCAACUCCAAUGUCAACAUGAACUUUGACACCGUCGGUAGCAUGCUUUCAUUACUUGGAAGAGCCAAAGGCGCGCGUCUGGUCGAAAACGAGAAUGGUUCAUCAACCCCGAAGGACGACCUUCCAGCGCCAUCUGCCUGGAUGAUUGGUCGAUUCAUGCUUAUGCUAAGCAGAGAUCGCUUCUUGAACUACUAUGGCCAGAAACACGCUCGCCUGGACCGUCGCCAAUCCGUCUUCGGUAACCCAUCCUUCUGUUCUCUCAAGGAUCCGACCAUUCUAUUCCGGGUGUUAUCGCCCCUCCUCUUCUGUGCACCCGAUGUGCAUCUCAACACGUUGGAAGAAAUCUGGGUAGACAAGUUGACACUACUCGACCUUUGGAAUGAGUUCUUCGCCCGCCUCUGCGAGGAAUGGAAGGCACAGCUCGUUUUUGCUUCAUUGCUUUUGACGAGCAAUAUCGGUUUUUUGACGAUGCCGAUGGUUUCCCCGGAGGGUGCCCCCUCACAUGGCACUUUCGUCCAGAUCGCUAGUUACGUCUCGACCAUAGCCAGUAUCUCAAGUAUCGUCCUCGGUCUCCUCCUAAGUAGACAUUACCAAAAUCAUCAAAAUCGAGACAAGGUAGACGCGAGGGGUCUGCACAAGCGGAUGCUGUCUUUGCAUCUCGAGACGUAUGGAUUCCAACCACUUGCUGUACUCUACAGCCUGCCUUAUGCCUUACUCAUGUGGGGGUAA